GCUUUCGUCGGCUCGGCAAUCUCCUCGUGUCCGUGCUGUUCCCCCGUCGGUGGAUACGCCCGCCAGCGUAGCCUGCGAGGUGUGUGCAAGUGGACGGCACGUUCCCAACGGCGACGUACGGCAUGAUGGCCUCACUACCGCCCCCACAGAUUUGAACUUCAAGCAACGGGACCGGUGCAGUGACCUCAUUGUUUGCUCUGAUCGUGUGAACGCAAAGUUGGUGGGCGUUUUGACCUGGCCCAAAGAAGUGUCAGCCGGUGUCAUCAUGCCGCUGUUUCCAAAGAGGCAGCCAUCGCUGCUGGCCAUGCACCUCCCGCUAAGGUCCACGAAGUCGAUACCCACCAUGGACCUCUUUCAGGCGAUCGCCGAGGGCAAGGAGGGUGUCUUGAGCCAGUACCUCGAAGACCUGAGUGACCCUAUCCGAAGACUGAAGGUCAAUGACCGCGACAAGAACACGGGCGCAACGCUGCUACACCAAGCCGUCAAGAUGAAGAACAACUCCAUUCUUGACAUGCUGCUCACAUAUGGCGCUGAUCCAAAUGUUAAGGAUAAGAUGGGUUUCACACCACUACAUUACGUCGCCAAGUUUGUGCGGCCGGAAAAAAGAAGGAGCAUAAUCCUGGCGUGCGAGGAUUCAGCUUCGCUCAUGAUUCAGACGCUCAUGUCGGCUGUAGGCACUGGUGCCAACGCCAUCGACGCUUGGGGCAUGACACCGCUGCACCAUGCAUCCUUAUCCGGGAAUAGCCACGUGGUGCGCUGCCUACUGCCCUACCCUAGCGUGGACAAAGAGGUGACGGACAAGCAAGGCCGCACGGCGCUCCACAACGCGGCCACUCUGGGCGACGCCGAGGUGGUGCGGCUUUUGCUGAGUCACGGCGCCAACAUCCAUGCCGUGGACAAGAAGGGCCUCACGCCGCUGCACAUCGCCGCCAAGGAGGGCAGCCUGCAGGCCGUGCGACUGUUCUGCCAGGAGAUACAGAAGGAGGAUAUCCCCGUGGCUCUCCUCUCAAGAAGAGACAAGCAGAACAAGACGCCCCUGCACUACGCCGUAGAGAACAACCACAUCGAAAUCGUGCGCUUCCUCUUAGAAAAAGGCGUCGACCCGAACUGCUCGUCGUCGACGGGCCACACGGCGCUGCACCUGGCCGCCAUGCGGGGCGGCGUGCCCAUGUGCCAGCUGCUCAUGGACCACGGCGCCGCCACCGACGUGCUGGCCGACGGCAACAAGACGCCCCUGUUCCUGGCGGCCACCAACGAUCGGCCGCUGAUCGUCGCCUUCCUGCUGGACGAAGGCGCCGGCAUCGAAGAUCGCGACGUGGAAGGCAACAGCCCCCUGCUCGGUGCCGUGGACAGCGGUAGCGUGGAGGUGGUGCGGUUGCUGCUGGAUCGCGGCGCCGACAUCGAGUCGCGGAACAACGACGACCGCAACGUUCUACACAUGGCCGUGCUCUCCAAGAACGAGGAUGUCCUUCAGGUGCUCCUUGGUGUCAAGGGAUCGGAACAACUGAUCAACAGGAAAGAUUGCGACGGGGACACUCCUCUUCACCAUGCAGCGCGCAAUGCAUUUCUCGAUAUCGUUCAGGUACUCUUAAAACAUGGCGCCAGAGCCUCUGCAAAGAACUCGAGUGAAGAGACAACUCUUCAUGCAGCUUGCCACUACAACUUUCCAAACGUGGUGCGCGAGAUCGUGAAGCAGGACGCUCGCCUGGUGAACGAGACGGACAUCCACUGGAACACGCCGCUGCACGUGGCGGCGCAGGGCGGCUUCAGCGAGACGGCCGCCAUAUUGGUGGAGGCCGGCGCCUACCUCGAGGCCAAGAACUACUACGAGUGGACGCCCCUUACGGUGGCCUGCAAGAACGGCGACUUCGACACCGUCUCCAACCUGCUGGGCGCCGGGGCGUCCGUCAACAGCGUCGACAAGAUGAAGAACAGGCCACUUCACAUCGCGGCUCAGUUUGGCAACGAGUCGGUUGUGAAGCUCCUGCUGGAUCGCAAAGACGUCAGGGACUUUGUCUGCAAGAGGAACGCCAACAAGGAAAACUGUCUCGACAUUGCCAUUGAGGAAGAGCACAGGGAUGUCGUCGAAGCGCUGCUGAAGAGCCGGUUCUGGAAGGAACUUCUUCAAAACUCGACGGAGAGCGAACAGUACGGAACUCAUCAGACUCCCCUGCGAAGCUUAAUUCGCACUAUGCCAGACUUGGCCACGCUCGUGUUCAACAGCUGCGUCAUGGUCGAAGCCGGCUCUGACGAGGACCCUAACAAAUCGGUCACGUACCAGUACCAGUUCCUGGACGACGCGUUCUGUGGUUGCGGGGCCGACGACUCAGGUGACGAGAGUGACUCGGACUCAGACUCGCCCGCCCCAGUGAGGAAAGUCUACGACGACAACGGCAACGUGCUUCCUAGUACGCCUCUCUAUUCUAAGGAUUUCGGUACCCUCAAGCAAAACCACCCACUCAUGAUCAUGGCAAACGAAAGGCGGCGCGCCCUACUGGGCCACGAACUGUGCAAGAGCCUCCUGCUGCACAAGUGGGAGAGCUACGGCCGCUACGUAUACUACAGCACCAUGUGCAUCUACCUGCUCUUCCUUGGAUGCCUCACGUCGUUCGCCAUGGGCACUCCGGCGCCAUGCCCGCUCGACUUCCCGCACUUCAACACCACCUGCUCGUUUAUCUCGCGAUACAAUACCUGCGCCGUCAUCGGUGAGGCAUCGGACGAAGGACAGUACAUGCAGACGGACUUCGCUAGGAAGGCUAAAAUUAUUAUAUUCAUGGUGUCUCUCGUAUUUCUACUGAAGGAGGUCUUCCAAAUGUACAACACGCGUUGGAACUACCUCGAUCUCGAAAACCUGUCGGAGUGGAGCUGCUACGUCUGUUCCCUGCUCUUCGUUUUCAACUUCACUGACUGUUCGGCAGCAACCGGCGUCCCAGAGCCUUGGCAGUGGCACCUGGGCGUCGUGUCUGUGUUCCUCAGCUGGGCCCUGCUGGUGAUCUACAUCAGGAAGCUUCCCUUUUUGGGAAUCUACGUCGUCAUGUUCACGAACGUUCUGAGCACCUUCUGCCAGUUCUUCAUGGUCUUCUUCCUCUUCAUUGUGGCCUUUGCCCUGACUUUCUUCGCACUUCUGCAGAAUCAGGCUCCGUUCGACACUCCGUGGAAGGCAAUCAUGAAGACCACAGUGAUGAUGAUUGGCGAGAUCGAGUACGACAGCAUAUUCACCGAGAACGUGCUGCCGUACGAGACCUCCUCGUACAUCCUGAUGGCCAUGUUCAUAGUACUCAUGACCAUCAUCACGUCCAACUUGCUCGUCGGUUUGGCAGUCGACGACAUCAAGGAGGUCCUAGAGCAAGCCGAGCUUAAGAGGCUCGGAAUGCAGGUGAAGCUCGUAUUGACAGUGGAAACAAUGCUGCCGACGUGGGUUCGACGCCGGGUCGUCGUGCAGAAGAGAACUGUGAAACCCAACAAGAAGACCAAGCUGGCCAUCUUGUUGCGGCGAAUGUUCGGCAUCAACGUCCAAACGGUUCAGCACAAAGGCCAAGACGAGAAAUACACGGUAGAAAAGGUCUACGAGCACCAGGAGGCCAUGGAGCGCAUGCUGAAACACCUCGAGGAGCGUAUGAACAUUCUCACCCAGCAGGGACACCGGCUGGAGAAGGCCCUCAACGCGCUGUCGCAUCGUCUCGAUGACGAUUCGGACAGCAGGUCUCGCUCGGCAAGAACUUCAUUGUCUAACGACUUUUGACCACACGGGUCAGCGGUGGUUCAUCGCCAACAGAGUAUUAUGUUCGCGUGUUCGUCCCGACAUGCCUACGCUUUGAGCGUAUGUGAAUAAAGAAGCCGUUUCGCAAA